CUGUCUCUCUCAGCGGGAUGCACGCAAGGCUCAGGGCGGCUCACAACAUUCCAAUGCUCUACAGCUCUUUCUUCUUGACGAGGUGUUCAGCGAACCCGGGACUUCCAGUGGGUCAAGGCACAACGUCAUUUCGCUGCGAUGACAGGGGUAGUUCCCGCUACCCCGCAUUAGUCACCUAACCCUCCUGGGCGCAUCCCCUGAAUCUGGCAGCGUCGGAAUCGGGGUCGCUUCGCGAUAGCACACAUUCAUAACACGCUUUUCCUGCGUUUGACACACUUCGAACCUCGCCGACAACCUACAUCCACCAUGGAGCAGCAGAUACCCCUCAGCCAUGAAGCCUCCGCGGGCGACACCAACAUGCGCGUGACGACGUCUCUACCGCCGGAAGUCGUCCAGUGCCUCGAGAACGCCCGAUUCCUCCACCUGGCCACCUGCUCCGACAACAUCCCGCACGUCUCCCUCAUGAACUACACCUACCUCCCGUCGUCCCGGUACUCCCGGUCGCCGGUGAUCAUCAUGACCACCAACCCAGCGAGCAAGAAGAUGAACAACCUGGAAGCCAACCCCAACGUCUCGCUGCUCGUCCACGACUGGGUAUCCCACCGCCCCACCCCCACCUCCCAAGCGCGGCGCCUCUCUUCCUCCUCCUCCUCCGACAACCAACCGCCCCUGCCGCACCGCGAGCCGCCCUCGUCGCUGGCCGCGCUGCUCUUCAACCUCAACACGUCGGCGGUGUCGUCCAUCAGCGCGACCAUCAACGGCAGCGCGCGCCUCGCCCCGCGCGGCUCCGCCGAGGAGCGCUACUACCGCGACGUGCACCUGGCCAACAACACGUUCGACACCGCGCCGCCGGGGUUGACGGGAGGGGCAGGGGGAGACGGCGUCGGUGCGGACGGCGGGGCUGCUGAAAACGGCGGCAGCGCUGGGAGGAGUCGGUUUGCGGCCGGGGAUGAUGAGGUCAGGGUUAUUGUGGUGGGGAUAAGAGAUGUCAGGAUCGCGGAUUGGAAGGGCGCGGUGAGGGAUUGGGUCAUCGCGGCGCCUGGGGAGGAUGAGCAGGGGAGUACGCCGAUGGUGAAUGGGGUAGCCUAGGUGUCGUGAUGGUGGGAAGCAGCUAGACUGUAAUCUAUAGUAAAGAACUCUCGAGAGGGCGAACAUAGGUACCUAAUCAAGCAGAGGUGAAAUUGUUGGCGCUUCAGCAACGGUAUCAACCAACUCCGCAUUGGUGCCGUUCUGAGCCGCAUGCUGUUCUCAAUUCAACAUCACCACGCCCGGUUCCAUAGGUAUGAACUUUGGUGGACUUCACUCAUAGUAUACAGGACCUAAUUCCUACAGAUAGCCCUAUCGAUACCCCGAGUCCAGUCUGCCCCUUUUAAAGCGCCAGAUCUAGGUAUCCC